AGCGGGUAGAGGAGUAUCGCGAGACGGCCUAGCUGACGGGCGCCGCCAUCUUGCCGCCGGGGGUCAGGGGGACGCGGAGGAGAUGCUGUCGCGCCUGGCCCUCCGCGCCGCUCCCGCGGCUCUGAGGAACCUGUCUCCGUGUCUGUCAGCUGGCGCAGUGCACGCGGCGAGGAGCUUCCAUGGCAGCCAGCCGUGCGCGGCCCCCUAUCCCCCGCUCCCGGAGAAAGCAGGCGCCGUGCGCUUUGGAGUCAUCCCCGAGGAGUUCUUCCAGUUCCUCUACCCGAAGACGGGAGUCACCGGACCGUACAUGCUGGGGACUGGGCUGAUCUUGUACUUGCUGUCCAAGGAGAUCUACGUCAUUAACCACGAAACGAUCACCGCUGUGGCCACUUUGUCGCUUUUAAUCUAUGGAGUGAAGCGAUACGGGCCCAGUGUAGCAGCUUUUGCUGAAAAACUCAAUGAGGAGAAACUUGCUACAGUAGCAACUGUAAAAAAUGAUUCAAUCAAAGCUUUGGAGACAGCAAUUGAAGAAGAAAAGAGAGAGCAAUGGAGGAUUGAAGGCCGCAGUUAUCUCUUUGAUGCCAAGCGGAAUAACAUUGCUAUGCUGCUGGAGAUUAACUACCGAGAGAGAUUGCUCAUGGUGUAUAACGAAGUGAAGAAGCGGUUAGACUAUCAAAUUGCUAUGCAACGUCUGAAGCGUCGUAAAGAACAAGAUCACAUGAUCAGCUGGGUAGAGAGCAGAGUUGUUCAGAGCAUCACGCCUCAACAGCACAAGGAAAGUAUUGCCAAGUGCAUCUUGGACCUGAAGGCAUUAUCGAAGGCUGCACAAGCAACAGUAUAACUGCAGUGAUUCCAGACACAUCUUUGGUUUCUGUGACUUACUGUUGGAAACUAUAAUUCUGAUUCUUAAUUAAAAUUUAACUUCUGUCAGUUACACUAAGUUGACAGCAGUCACCCUGUGGUCUGUUUGUGACGAUACAUUUUGACUUAUGCGUUCAUUCAUACCAGGGAUUCUGCAGAAUUCUCAAUAUCCAGCUUGCUGUAUUAAAGCCAGAUCCCACUUCA